UCUCAACAUUAACAUGUAACAACCAACAAUAGACAAAACUUGAAUAAUUAUGGUUACACCUUUAAAAGUGCACUAUUCUGGAGCUAAAACAAAUAAACAAAUAAAUGCAAUAUUGAUAUGUGUAAUACAAUACACCAGACUAUCCAGGCAAAGCAAUAACAUCUCCAGGAAAUACAUAGAUCCUCCACCAGAAAAGUUAUGUGGAGCAUGUUUUUCCUCUAUUAUACAGAAUUAACAUUUUAGACAAAACCCAAAUGCAAAGACUGCCAUUCCAAAUCAAGAACAUAGUUGCUUUCUCUAUCAAAUUCAAAAACUACUUGAUACAAAGAUAUGGUGUGGGAUGCACUCUAAGAUGCAGAUCAGUUAUGACUCACACUGAUACUGCAUUUACGUCUGCAUAUAAGGGCCCACCCAGUCAACAGUCUACAAGCACCAUGCAUCCCUACCACAAGCUUAUGCUGAUUCUGCUACUGGCGGGUGGGGGUCAAACAGCACAUGGGGCUAAGAUCAUAAACGGCCACCCAGUCCCAGACAACGUAAUGUUGUACAUGGCAUCUCUGCAGAAUGACAGUGGACACAUGUGUGGAGGUUUCCUGGUCAAAGACAACUUUGUACUAACUGCCGCUCACUGUGACAAGGUUUUAAGUGUGGUUCUUGGAACACACCACCUCAACUCUGCCUCCAAUGAUAUGAGAUAUAAUGUGCUGAAAAAGUGCAAGCAUCCAGACUAUGUGAAUGCCGCUUCGGGGAAUGAUAUCAUGCUUCUUAAGCUAUCUCGAACUGCUCAAGGCGCUAAGGUCAAGGUCAUUGAUCUUCCAGAAAGUCCAGUUACAUCUCUGGCAGACAAAACCUGUGAGGUUGCAGGAUGGGGUUAUGAGGUCAGCCAAGGUAAACCUGUGAAUGACCUGAAGAAAACAAGUGUCAAGAUCUUCUCUGAGGAUGAAUGUGAGAGGAGAUUGAACAAAGCUUUCCCUCACAACACCAUCUGUGCGGGCGGAGCUAACACUAGCAAGGGAUUCUGCCAGGGUGACUCAGGUGGUCCCCUGGUGUGCAAAGGUGUUCCAGUCGGCAUUGUGUCCUUCAACCUAAAAGAUUGUUCAUAUAAUAAUGGAAAAGGUUUCCCCAAUGUGUACACUGAUAUUUCUCCCUUUCUUUCCUGGAUCAAUGACAUUUUGAACAGAGGGGACUGUUAAUUACGGUAGCUGGUUCAAGCUUGUUUAGUUUAGUGUCCAAUUAUACUAGGUCUGCAUUGGAAAACAACAUAACAAUUAUAAUAAAAACCUUGUUGCAACAGUCA